UUUAAUUCCGUCCUCCUUCUGAGGUUGUCCUUGUUACAUUCUUCUUUCUUCUGGUUAACUUUCUUGCCAGCCAAUUCCCCGUCUCUGGCACCCACCAUGUCCUACCAUCAAUUCCCCUCCCACGAGGCCACUCCCCUUCUCAACCACAGCUCAGACCAAGACCAAAAGCCCUCCAUUCUGACGCGUCUCCGCGACCAUCUACGCGCCGAAAUCACGACGCAAUGGACCGACCUCCUGCUCAUCUUCUGCUACCUCAUCACGGGGCUCCUCGACAGCGCCGCCGUCUUCAUCUGGGGCUCGUUCGUGAGCAUGCAGACCGGAAACACCGUGUACCUGGGCCUGGGCCUGUCGGGGCUCGACACGGGCAACCGGUGGACGAAAUCCGCCAUAUCGAUCACCUCGUUCUGCGUGGGGAGCUUCUGCUUCGGACACUUCCAUCGGAUGUUCCGCGCGCGCCAACGCUGGGUCCUGGCCCUCUCGUUCACCGUGCAGAUGGUCUGUGUGGCUGUUGCGGCGGGGAUUGUGAGCGUGCAUCAUCCCAACAAGGAUGGGGAGGGGAUCGCAUGGACGACGGCGGUGCCGUUGGCGCUGGUGGCGUUCCAGAGUAGUGGGCAGGCGUUGACGAGUCGCGUGUUGAAAAUGAAUGGGUUGACGAGCGUGGUGCUGACCAGCGUCUACUGCGAUUUGUUCUCGGCGCCGGGCGUGCUGGGUCUGUCUGAGGUGGAGGGACGCAGGAGAGUCGGCGCCAUUGCCGGAUUGAUCUUGGGGACGGUGAUAGGGGGAUGGUGGGCGAAGAGUGAGAUCGGGUUGGAGGGCGCGUUGUGGACGACGGUGGGCUGUAAGGGGAUUAUUGCUGCGGCGUGGUUAGGGUGGGCGGAGAAGGUAUAGAAGAUUAGAUUAUAUUAUUUUGUUUAUAUAUUUGGGUUGGACUGGUUCACGACGCCAGAGGUCCACGGCUGUAGUAUACAUGAUUGAGACAUCCAUCCCGCUCUUAACCCUGGCAGUAGACGCUGCCGAUGGGCACCGGGUCGGCCGACGAGUGAUCACCCGGUCCCAGAAGUGUUUGGCGACCA